AUGGGUACAUUUAAGGUAAUAUUUUACACUAAGGGCCGUUUUGCAAAAGAUCCAAAUCUGACCUACGAGGGUGGGGAAGUUUAUGCUUUUACUGGUCAAGACACUGGGUCGUGGUCGUUUUUUGAUUCAUGUGAUUUAAUUAUGUCUAUAGAUCCUGGGUUUGACGAUAAAAAAGUUAGGAUGUGGUGGAAGCAUGUUGAUGGUAGUCUAGAAAACGACCUCAAUUCAUUUAGGGAUGAUAGUGAUGCUUUUGAGAUGGCUGCUUCAGUCCAUAAUGAAGUAGGUGAUAUUGAAAUAUAUGUUGAGCAUAAACCAAGCACAGGGGAUGCAACAUUUAUGGAGAAUGUAAGGAAGAGGGAGAAGGGCAUAAUGGAUGAAGGUGAUGAUGAAGCAAAGGGUGAUGAGGGUUCCAGUGAUGAGUCAAUGAAGGAUAUUAAGUUUGAAGACAGUGAGGAAGAAAGGAUGAAUCCAUUUGAUGAAGGUUUUGAUGAGGGUUUUAAAAAGGAUGAAUCCAAUAAGCAACCAACUGCAGAUGGUGCAGAUGUUGCAGGCUCUAGUGAGGGUAUGAAUCAUAGUUUGAUUACACCUGAAAUGGGUAAGGAACAUGUCAUUGAAGAUGAGUAUUUGACUGAUGAGCUUGAUAGUGGUGUUGAAGAUGAUAGUGAUGAUGAUAGGCCUAGGGUUGUUAGGUUUAACGAGGAAGAUUGGGUAAGAAAAGAUUUUAAGUUCAAGGUAGGCAUGGAAUUUUCAUCACUAAGGCAGUUCAAGACUUGUAUUCUUGAGCAUAAUGUGCUUAAUGGGAGGGAUGUCAGGUUUGAGAAAAAUGAUGCAACAUUGUUUGCUAAACACAAGUGUGGAAGACAAUUUUUUAACAAGAGUGCCAAAGCUGAAUGGGUUGCAAAAGUAAUUGUUGAUAGGAUGAAAAAUUGCAGCAAAAUGAAAUUGAAUGAUGUAAUUGAAGAUGUAAGAGUGAGAUAUGCAACUGAAAUCCCUGGAUGUAAGGCAUUUAAGGCAAGGCAGAUUUCCAAAAGGGUUAUGGAAGGGGACUCUAGCAAACAGCACAGUCUAUUGUGGUCAUACGGGGCUGAAUUGAGGAGGGCUUCCCCAGGAAACACCUUCAAGAUGAACAUACAAACUCCAGGACCAGGUUUGUUACCAAGGUUUGAAAGGUGUUAUUUGUGCUUUGAUGGAACAAAGAAAGCCCUGAAGUUAGCUUGUAGGCCUUUUAUUGGACUAGAUGGAUGUCAUCAAAAGCACAAGUAUGGUGGGAUAUUGUUAAUAGCUGUUGGGAGAGAUCCAAAUGACCAGUAUUUACCCUUAGCUUUUGGAGUGGUGGAAACUGAGUCAAAAGACACUUGGAGUUGGUUUAUGGAGCUUCUACUUCAGGAUAUUGGUGAAAAAAGAUAG